AGACGUCUUGUUUUCAAAAAAAACCUUCCUGAAGUGUCCACCCGUUCUCGCCAUCUGAUUCUGACGUGCGUCGUAUCAUAAUCGUUAUUCUCCGUCAUUUUACGUAAAUAUUGCCUUCGGAAUGCUGCAUCGACAAGUGCAAUUUGAUGAGCGCCGCUUGAGAAGGCUUUGACGCUGUACUUCGUCAUUAAAAAUAUCUCAAAAAAAGGCUGAUUCAUAGGGUUUCUAAGAUGGAAGCUGUGGCGAAAUUUCCAUUUAAAGCUACCGCAGACGAUGAACUAUCAUUCGAGAAAGGAUCUAUCCUCAAGAUAUUGAAUACGGAAAACGACGAAAAUUGGUAUAAAGCGGAACAAAACGGACGCGAUGGUUAUAUUCCUGCGACUUAUAUAGAAAUGAAGCCGCAUCAAUGGUACCAUGGUAAAAUUUCAAGAUCUAGUGCUGAAGAGCUGUUAAUGAGACAAAAUAUAGAUGGGGUGUUUUUAAUUCGAGAAUCUGAGAGAAGUCCAGGUGAUUUUUCGUUGUCUGUAAGAUAUAACAAUGCUGUACAGCACUUUAAAGUUCUUCGCGAUGGUUCUGGGAAGUAUUUUCUCUGGGUUGUUAAGUUCAAUUCUCUAAAUGAACUUGUUGAGUAUCAUCGAACGUCAUCUGUAAGCAGGACACAGAAUAUAAUGCUUCGUGAUUUGAAUAAUGAUAAAGGGAAAAAAACCAUUGUGAAAGCUUUAUUUGAUUUCGUUCCACAAGAAGAAGGCGAAUUGGCUUUCAAAAGAGGUGACAUGAUUGAAGUUAUUGAAAAGGAAGAUCCAAAUUGGUGGAAAGGAAAACUAAACAGCAAUGAAGGACUUUUCCCCGUCAAAUUAUGUUGAAGUUCAACCAUAACUUGCUAUCAAUCUGGAAAAUUUCACCAAACUUCAAUUAUAAAAGAUCUCUCACAUUUUCCAAUGGGCUUAGAGUUAUGUGAUUUUUGAUUAGGCUUAUGCUUCUAUGCUUACUGAAAUAAGAACAUUGUGGAGAACCUCUCAACUUUAAUAUAUUGAUUAGAUAUUUCUUCCUAAUUAUAGUCUUAAUGCACUUUACAAGUUUCGACUGAAAAAUCUGUACAGUUUUGGGAAAGAAUGUUUCUCUUCUCGUAGUUAGUGAAAUCAUGAUUUAUUGAAAUGUUUAGAUUUAAUUUUGUGUACUGUAAUUAUGUAGAUCACCAGGAGUCAGUUAUGUUUUAAUAUUAUGGAAAUUCUUCUUAAAUUCUAUAUUAAUAAACACCUGUCUGCAUGACAUUUGACAAGUGUUGAAGUUUUAAUAUGCAUAUAAAAAAAUGACAGCUUUCAUGUAAUGUUGUGAUUACUAACCUGUUAUCAUUAA